AUGUCUGCGUGGGAAGACGAAGUGGUGGAGAGCCUCGACUUCGAGGGGAUCAACCAUGCUGAAAUUUACACUGGUGGGAAUCUUGUGAACGAGUUGCGGCGCUACGACCAGUUCCUCAGGGACUAUGUCCGUAGCGAUCCCAGUGCUACAUUACCAGCGAAGAUUAUGAGCGGCAAGGAGAUCAGCAAUACACGUAUACGGAAUUGGGCAAAUUUCCAGGCACCGCCUAUGGUGUUGACUUUUGUCUGCGCUGGAAAGCUUGAUACAGCAACUCGCGUCCGCGAGAUCUUCCGUGCAUGGAUAAUGGCUUCUCCUCCGGAUUACCAGGCCAAAGGGUAUGGUGACAUCCUCCGCAUCUUCAUGAGGGCAUCUGGAGCAUUGCGGCAUUUAGCCGGCGACCGUUCUGGUGAGUUUGUCCAUAUCUGCGAACACUUCAUCGACCCUGCGGUGAUCGAAGACGAAGCGCGACUAGCAGCAGGUGAACUGGAAAAGGAUUUGAGUGGUAUUCGGCUUAAUCUGGACACACCAGCCAUCGACGUCGUGCAGGACCAAAACUUCUACUCCAUGAACGUCAUGUUGCAUGGAGGAUCGAGUGCACCAAUGAACAUUCAUGACUUGGCCCUAUUAUUGCGACGCAUUCCAGAGAAUGCUGACUAUCCGUUGGUAUUUGCUGCCAACUCGCUUCAAGCGUUCAACGUUUGCGGCUACGUCCUCUACUCCUAUGUGAAUUGGGGAGAUCGCCAAGCAGGGGAGGUACUCUAUCCAUGGACGAACAAUAUCCUGCGCGAACACGGCGUAACUGUUCAACAGUACAUCGUGGAUCAACUGGAGAACGUGCUCAAGGACCAGAGAAGCAAUGGGCUACAACUGCCUGAGUCUUUCUUCUCCUGUGCAUGGAAUCAGCUGCGUAUCGAAGGUGGGUAUGCGGAUGCAAGCUUGGAAAGGAUAGCCGUCAUCGAGUCAUGGGAAACCGAGUUCCAGGCUAUAGAAGCACCGGAACCUCUCGUGGUGGGCGAUGGAAA